UUUUGAUCACAUGGCCACGAAGUCACUCUGAAAGUAUGCUGGCGGGGUAUUGCCCACAGAAAUAUAUAAAGUGCUUCACAGUGAGCGGCUGUGUCCAUGCGACGAGCAUCAUUUUAGGAGCUUUGGGUCGAUCGGCAGCGUCGGGGCUGGUGGAUACACAACAAGAGAGGAGCGGGUGACGAAAGCAAAAAUGCCUACUCAAAGCGUGGACUUGCUCAUCACUGAGAUGAGCACCACGCCUUCAUUUACUGACAGUCCCACCGUCGUGGGCGACGCCACCACCGCUGCCAUCAUAAUGGACAACUCCACCUCUGCAUUCUCCCCUCAAAACAAGUUAGACGAAAUCUCAGCCAAUGACAUCACCUCCAGGGCGAACUACUUCUACAGUUUCUUUGCUGGGCUCGGCUUCAUCGCCGGGUGCUUCCUGAUCUACAGCUUCAUCCAGACCUACAGAGCCCAGAGGCGGCUGGCCUGGCUCGACUGCCUGCUCUGGGCAUUUUGCGGCCUCCAGCUGCUGCUCCUGCUCCUCUCUCUCCACAUUGUGGCCUACAGACCUCACUACCUGCUCGCAACAGGUUUGGGCUGUGCUGCUCUCUCCUUUACCGUCAACACGGCCUGUCUCUGCGGUCUGCUGGUCUUAGUGCUGAUGGCUUACGUGCUCACACUGGAUCCACCGUCCCACGCCCUGCUGAGGAAGCCUUGGGUCUGUGCAGCUCUGGUGAUCCUGACUUCUAUCUUGAUUUCUCUGCUCCUGGCCGGGCUUCGUGGACCCCGAGUUGGUCUACAGGAAAAAGGCAGGUGCUUUAUGGAUCCAGUCCAAGCUGGUGUGUCUUACGCAGCUGCUAGGUUGUGCCUGGCUUUUUUGAUUCCCUACAUCCUCCAAAUGGGACUUCUGAUAGGUGGCUGUGUCCGGCAGUGGAAAUCUAAAGGACGUUUCCUCUCCGGCUCUGAGGAGGGUCCUGUGUUCCUGGCAGUGACCGUGGUCAUGUUCAUCUGCCAGCUCUUCUACAGCGUGGCGCUGGUGAGAGGAGCACAACUGGCACAACGAGAGGAGGGGCUGAGCCAUCACGAGCGCGCGUUUCUGAGCGUGGCUGAGUUUGUACUGUUCUCAGGGAGCAGCGGCAGCCUCCUACUCGUGCUGCUCCUGCACAGGCCAUGUCGAGAGAGUUUCCACGGGGUGUUCAGGCAGCUGAGGGACUGCUGUCAAAGCCCAGGGCGCACGCAGCCCAACAGGAACAUCAUAGCUCCCCAUAUUGAGAUCACAGACACCCUGCAGGAUAUUGAGUCAUAGAGGACAAAGACUCUCUCAUCUGUGAGCACAAAACUCUUCUGAUGCAUCGAAAUAAAGACUUUUGAAACUUGAUGUAUUAAACAUAAUAUUAAUCUAACUUUUAAAAUGCUUUCUAUUUCUCUAAAGUGACAAUUUAAAUGCUUUUCCGUGCAUGUAUUUCUCCUUUAUUUUAUUGUACAUUUUUAUUUUGCAAAAAUAAAUGCUGUGCUGUACGUA